UAUGGAUGGCAUCACUUCUUCCUCCAUUGAAAUUGUGAAUCGCUUAGCCGCAAGCUUAGCCGUCAGGAAAUUUGAAAUUUGAAGACCAAAUUCAACCUUUAAUAAUCGCCACAAGUUAGUCUUUAUAGAAUGGCCGAAGGCGAUAAUACUCCAACAUUCAAAUGUGUCCUUGUUGGUGAUGGUGGUACAGGUAAAACUACAUUUGUCAAAAGACAUUUAACAGGAGAGUUUGAAAAAAAGUAUGUUGCCACUCUUGGGGUUGAAGUCCAUCCUUUAGUUUUUCACACUAACCGUGGUCCUAUUCGGUUCAAUGUUUGGGAUACUGCAGGCCAAGAAAAGUUUGGUGGUCUUAGGGAUGGCUAUUAUAUUCAAGGUCAAUGUGCCAUAAUUAUGUUUGAUGUUACAUCUCGAGUUACAUACAAAAAUGUUCCCAACUGGCAUAGAGACUUAGUUCGUGUAUGUGAAAACAUUCCCAUUGUUUUAUGUGGCAACAAAGUAGAUGUUAAAGAUAGAAAAGUCAAAGCAAAAUCUAUUGUCUUCCAUAGAAAAAAGAACUUGCAGUAUUAUGACAUCAGUGCAAAAAGUAAUUACAACUUUGAAAAACCCUUCCUAUGGUUGGCUCGUAAAUUAAUUGGAGAUCCUAACUUAGAAUUUGUAGCAAUGCCGGCACUUGCUCCACCUGAAGUUCAGAUGGAUCCAGAAUGGCAAGCUAAACUUGAAAAUGACAUGAGGGAGGCACAGAACACAUCCUUACCUGAUGAAGAUGAUGAUGAUUUGUAACUUGUUGAAUAAACACUCCAUCCAUUUGUACACACCUUCUUUUAUUUAUGUAAAUUUUUUGAACUUGUACAGUUAAAAUAGAAGUGAUUCUCAGAAUUUCA